GGAAUCAAGAUUCACCGGAUGAAGAGCUCAAAGUGGGUGAUCUCCAUUCCCCACGAGCACCCUCGCCCAACCCACCCGCGAGUGUGACGACUACCAAUACGACCGAGGAGAACGUGCCUCAUACUGCCCGUACGAUCCAAGAAGAAGACGAGGAUGAUAGUGACCCUGAGGAUAGCGAGCGUCCUUGGAACUGCUACCUGCAUAUUCGGAACGUGCCCUCUAAUCGGAGCCGUACGUGGAGUCGUCGUGGUUCACGUGAUGAGCUCGUGCGAGUUGGUAGCACUGGGGAAGAUGCAGAGAGGAGGCAGCAAGAGGAGGAGAGUAUAGAUAUCAAGCAGCGGAUUGCGUGUCUCGCGCCGGCCCCGCACCAUCCCAAAGUCGUCGCCCAAUUCAAAGUGCCUUACCCGUUACCAGAGGUUGUCGUCGACCCGAAAAAUGCGCCGGGGGGUGCGUACCUCAGGAUGCGCGAGGCGAACGAGUCGCGAGUUGAUUUGGGCGAGAAUGGGAAGGAUGGGAAUGGGGCGAUGGUGGUUACCGCCGAGGAACUCAAGGAUAUCAUUUGCUGCACUGGGUUGUGGUUGGUUGUUCGUGAGGGGUAUGGUGGUCUCACUAAAAAGCGAAAGGGGGAUGGGUGGAGACUUCGAGGAUAA